GACGACCGUAGUUUCAUGAACGAGUUCACAGAUGGGAGUCGCAUUCAGUGCUUGAGCUCUCUCCGCGUAAAACUUUACUAACGGCCAAAUUUUGACAUCGCCGUGUUAACAGUUGCUGGAGCCAGUUUGUGAUUUGAUGCAAAGUUACCGCGUAUAGACACAAAAAUGCGGUGGAUAGCGGCGGUGGUCCUCUUGAAUUUUAUUUAUUCAGUUUUAUCCACGAGUCCCGAUGAUGGAGAGCCCUAUCUUCAUGUAAUGGCAAGAUCGUCGGUGUACAAUGUUGGUGUUAAAAGGGCAAUAUACUGCAAGGGACGGAAUCUUCCAGAGAUGAUCGACUGGAUCUCUCCAAAAGACACAGUAGUAGAAGGUCGGUCAUCAAAGAACACACGGGUAUAUGUUGAGAGAUCUAAAAACGACACACUAGCGAGUAGCCUUGUGGCUCUCAUCAUACAAGAUGCCAUGAUCGAAGAUAGUGGCAACUGGACUUGCAGAGCAGGCUCUUUGAAUGAAUCUAUUGAAAUUACUGUUGGUGUUAAAGCUGUAAUCUCAAACAAAUACGAGACAAUCGAAGGGGAAGAAGGAAAAUCUGUGAAAUUAGAUUGUGUUGCGAAAGGUUACCCCGCUCCCAUCAUCCAGUGGUAUCUUGAGAAUGAUCCAAUUUCCAAUGAUCACAAGAAAUACAUACUUAAAAUGAAAGGCGAUAAUUAUCAGCUUGAAAUCAAGAGCUUAACCCACAGAGACACCAACGAGUACGUCUGCAGGGUAACACAGAAAGCAUUGUCUCAUUUCUCUGACAGGAGAGUGCAAUUAAUUGUUAACCAUAAGCCUUUUCUAGUGGACGAAAACAAUGAAGUGUCCUACUCGAAAUACAAGACAGAAGAGGUUUACGCUAUUAUGAACGAAACUAAGAAUAUUACGUGCACGGUUAUUGCCAACCCACCACCUACAUUCCGCUGGUACAGACGGCAAAACGGCUAUGAUGAAGAAUUGCAGGAUACUGAAACGGUCUUGACACCAGAAGACGGCAAUAGCUCUGUGUUCGUACUGAGGACGUUCGACGAGAGUGCGCUGGGAGAAUACAAGUGUUCGGCCAAUAACAGCAAGGGACACGUCUCUAUCAUCUACCACGUGUCUCUCGGGAAUAAGCCGAACCCGCCUGAUUUUAUACAAUUAGCUGGUACAUCGACAAGUGAGCUAACGUUCAACAUAACUUGCUCCACUUGUAACAUGGCGACGGCUGAAGAGGAUAUGUCGGAAGACCCCACCAAUCUUACUGUGCUUGGUUAUUCUUUCGCGCUCGUACCCGUGCAAGAAGGAUUCCUGCCUGACUGGGAUGCUGCUAACGAAUUUCUGGUAGACAUUAAGGAAUACAACAGUACAUUAUUCACGGUGGGCCCGCUACAGAACAGCACCACGUACCACGUGAGAGUGCGCACACGCAACGCCGCGGGAUUCUCCGACUGGGUUGAAGUGACCCCCAACCCCACCACCGAUCUAGCUUCCCAACUUACUCUUUCAUUUAUCCUCAUUUUAGUAAUUUGCUCCGUUUACCCUAUUGUUUAUUAAAACAACCACUUAUUUGGUUUCGAAUUAUUUAUUGUAAAAAGACUCCUUUUCCCUGUUAAUAUUAGCUAGAUAGAUUUUUAAUUUGAAUAUUAUAUUGUCUGUUAUGCAAUAUGUGUAAGUGUUCAUUGGUGUAAAAACUUGUUGGUGUUAACUAAAUUAUUGUCCCCAUUUAUCACAUGUAAUCGUAAGCUAUCUUCGACUGCAAUUAUAAAUUCCAAUAUUAAUUAAUAGUUUAUUAGAAUAAGGUUUAAUGUAAUCAACCAGUUCAGGAUUUGCGAUGCGUCUUCAGGAGUGAUUAUAACUUAGUGUAGAUUUCUUUCCGUCGUAUUUGUGAAUUGCUUGAUGCCUAUUUAUUGCUUUCUUAAUCUGAGUUUAAUCUUAAUUAAUCUCUAUGGUGUAAAUGAUUAUUUGAUAGUUUGAUACAUUUAAUAUUAAUGCAAAUGCUAAGAUUUCUUUGAGUAUACUGUAGACCUGUACGGAAAACACACAUUUUCUAAACAGAAAUAACGAUUUGUAAUUAUUAUGACGUCUUAGAGCUAGCGCGCAAGAGCAACUUUUGUCUCCGCAACUAUUUUGUCUCUCCCAUCAAUAAUAUUUGUAUGGGGAGUUGCGUCGCUACGUGCGCGCACUUUCAUACUAGCCCAUGGGUGGGAGAGACAAAAUAGUUGCGGAGACAAAGUGGCUCGUGCGCGCUACCUCUUAAUAACGAACAAGCAAGAUUGUCAGGUUUGCUAACAUUUUUGAAAUAUUGCGUCCAAUUAUUACUCACUUUUAAUAAUAAUUGUUUUAUAUGCUCUUUCAUUAAACGUUUUAUAGGGAUAUUAAAUUGAGUCACUUUAUAAUCUUCAAAAUACUGUUUACCUAAAAAGACAAUAAGCUUUAGAACUAUAGCUAUAGUAGGUUUAUUUAAUUUUAUUAAUAUAUUUAAUUAUACUUUCAGAUUUGUUCAAACGUACCUAAUGCCUAACAAAGUUUGGUAAUUAAUUAGAAACAGUAGAAAUUCCUUACAUUGUAUUAAAUACAAUCAUUCAAAUAUAUCAACGUAUUAAAUAGAAAUAAUAUCUAUCUUUAGAUGCUUAUAGUUUUUUAUUUGCUCUGUAAAUAAUUUCUAUAAAAAUAUGAACUAUGUUUAAUCGAAUACUGUAUUUAUUUAUUAUAGAUAUUUAAGACAUGUUUGGCUAAGCUGCGGAGAAAUUUUAUAUAUUAUAUAUAUUUAUAAUAUUUAUUUAGGGAUUCCUUAGUUAAAUAAAGACGUUAGAAUGUUAAGUUGUUUAUCUAUUACCUUUUACUGGAAAUAGACUUACGUAUGUUUUAAUACCAAAGAUUGUACUCUUAUUUUAAUUUCUAAUUAUUAGUGUCCACUUGCAAAGAAAACAAUUUAAAUUAUCAUCAAACGAGGAGUUAAUUAAAUUUGGUUGAUAUUUGAGUCAAACGUCCGUCAAUUUAGCUUACCUAUUGGUAGGAUUUUCAAUUAUAUUUACUGUUUACACAGGAAGACUGAAUUUCCUAUACCCUUUGGAUAUUUUCCUCUCUUCCCUUUAUUAUGGAACUUUUUAAAUAUAUAACGCUCAUAGGUAUUUAUAUAAUUAAUGCUUGUGAAGCACCGUGUUGUAUGGAAUCCAUGACAUUGUAAUUUUAGUAGCGUUAGGAAAAUGUUGUGAUCUGUCUUUAUGUAAAUAAAUUUCUAGCUUUGUGAUCAUGGUCCUGUCGCCUGAUUUGAUUUGUCACUCAACAUUGUUUGUUGCAAAUGUAACACAGGAUGCCGAAAUAAAGGUGGUUUAUAAAAAUAAA